CCAUCAGAGAAGUAGAAAAACGUUAACUAAUGCAAAUUUCAUCUCUAUAUAUAAACAUCAUCAUCAAAAGGAGGAGUAUAAUAUCACUUCAUAGAAAUAUAAUAGUAAAAGAUAACAAAAAAAAAAUAGAAUGGCGCUACAUGGAGAUUCUUCCGGCGAGUUUGACACCAAGUCUCCGGCGGACAAGUUAUUUACAUCUUUCACCGACGACAUAAACAACACUUUUGACAUCAUAUCGAAUGAGAAAAUCACUGAGUAUGUGGGGUGGGAGAAAAGAACAGUGACGCUGAGUAUGAGUGGAAAUCUUGUCUCGGAUAGCUACAAGAAGUUCAAAGCAACCAUCACGGUAACUCCCAAGGCAUACGAGGCCGAUGGUAGCCGCGUGUUGUGGACCGUCGAGUUCGAGAAGAUCCGCCAUGACGUCGAAGAUCCAGUGUGGAUCAUCGACAGUCUUAUCAAUUACUUAAAGGAGAUUGAUGGAGUCUUAAUAUAUAGUCUUUUCUAA